AUGUCUUACACUUCCUUCAAUGCUCAGAUGUACAAGACUUGGUUGUUCAACAACAAGAAAAAGAAGGAAAGGAAGGACAUGAUAAAGUAUGGGAGGAAAUGGAUGCCUAGGAUGGUGAUCUACCAGGAGAAUCAGGAAGAGGUGCUGAAGAGGAUCGAGGAUGAGUCCGGGGCAAAGCCAGGAGAUCCUGGUAUGUUCAAGCAUUAUCAGGCGGCUGUGAAGAGAGUCAUGGCUGAACUGUCCGAUGACGAGUUGGAGAAGGCGAAAGAAACCGUCGAAGAAUGGUCCAACAACUGUCCUCCUUCCAAGAUACAAGCACAGGUCGCCUGUAAGAAGGGACCUGCAUAUAUGGAGCACUUUUUGAAGGAGAUGUGGAGGCAAUGCGGGAUGAGAGUGUUUGUGUUGUCAGCUUGGAAGAAUGAACAGGGCGAGGUGCUGUUCGGGAUGCACGAUGAUAAUGAGGCAUUAGGAGAUGGGGACAGCUUCAUGAAGACAAAGGACUGGGAGGACAUUGAGCCUGGUGUGGCAGGAGUAUGCGCAGGAACAGUGCCGGGAGCACGGGAAGGUGGCCGACAGAUGAAGGGAGGUCGCAAGAGAAUCCGAAAACCAGCCUUCGAGCUCGACACUGAUGAGGAUGGGAUGCCAUUGCUUCCGGACAUCACCGAAACAAAACUCGAGGAGAAGAAGGCCAUAGUCAGGGCUUUUCUCACAUUGCACUAUCAGGAUUUGUUCGGGGAUCGACAAGGCACGGAUGUCGACUUGAAGGAGCCUUCCAAGUUGCAAAAUUGGGACAUGACAGCCCUCCUCAAUUUCUGGUAUGCUCGGCAGGAGAAAGGCGAAGGAUCAACAUUCAUGUUCAAAGCGUGGAAGAACAAAGAUGGCGACAUGGUAGCAUCAGGUCGUAUCAGGCAGGUCGCCUUCCCAUCGGACAGGGUAAAGUCAAAAACACGCAAAGGUGAUUUCGGGAAUGACACUCAUUAUACAGAUGAUGAUGAUGAUGAUGAUGAUAAUGACUCGGCUGAUGGUAGAUCACCGAAAAAGAGAACCAGAACCAGAGAAGGUCCUUCAUCAUCACAUGCAGAGACGGCAAUCCCACUGUCAAUUCCGAAGCCUCGCCCUGUCAAGCUGGCAAAACGUGGUGCACUGCUGACAUCGCGAAUGGGCAACCUCCUGGCAGGGUUAACCAACAGCAACACUGGUGAUGUUGAUGAUGAUGUUGCAAUGGAAGGGAGGAAAACAUCGCCGGCUCCAAAAAGGAUGCAGGGAAAGACAGCUGUGAUUGAGCCAUCGGCGAGGACCACCCGGAGUAAGUCGACGCCAAAGCCAUUAGACAGUACUCCUCAGGUGACAAGAGCGAGAGGAAGGAAGUGA